CCAGAAGGUCGCACGGGCUUCUCUAACAUGGCGGCGGCGGCGGCGCUGCGGGCCGGCUGGUGCCGCUGCCCGCGGAGAUGCCUGGGCAGCGGAAUCUCAUUUCUUUCCAGCCACAGCUUGCCCCAUGGUUCAACCUACCAGAUACGUCGGCCAGGUGGACAACUGCCAUUGUCCAAAUCGUAUUCCUCUGGAAACAGGAAAGGAUUUUUGUCCGGCUUACUAGAUAACAUCAAACAAGAGUUAGCUAAAAACAAAGAGAUGAAAGAAAGUAUAAAAAAGUUCCGAGAUGAGGCCAAGAAGCUAGAAGAGUCUGAUGCACUGCAGGAGGCCAGAAGGAAAUACAAAACCAUUGAGUCUGAGACAGUGCGCACCAGUGAGGCGAUACGGAAGAAGCUGGGGGAACUGACCGGGACGGUGAAGGAGAGUCUUGAUGAAGUGACUAAGAGCGACCUGGGCCGGAAGAUCAAGGAGGGCAUGGAGGAGGCCGCCAAGACAGCUAAGCAGUCAGCUGAGUCCAUGUCCAGGGGUGGGGAGAAGCUGGGCAGGAGUGCCGCCUUCAAAGCCCUCUCCCAGGGGGUAGAAUCUGUGAAGAAGGAGAUCGAUGAGACUGUGCUGGGACAGUCGGGGCCCUACCGCAGGCCAGAGCGCCUCAGGAAGAGGACUGAGUUUGCAGGAGAGAAGUUCAAGGAGGAGAAAGUGUUCGAGCCCAAUGAGGAGGCCCUGGGGGUCGUGCUGCACAAGGACUCCAAGUGGUACCAGCAGUGGAAGGACUUCAAAGACAACAAUGUGGUGUUCAACCGGUUUUUUGAGAUGAAGAUGAAAUAUGAUGAGAGUGACAACGUGCUCAUCCGGGCAUCACGGGCCUUGACGGACAAGGUUACAGAUGUGCUGGGGGGCCUGUUCUCAAAGACGGAAAUGUCGGAGGUGCUCACUGAGAUCCUGCGGGUGGACCCGUCCUUUGACAAGGACCGGUUUUUGCGCCAGUGUGAGAAUGACAUCAUCCCCAACAUCCUGGAGGCAAUGAUUUCUGGAGAACUUGAUAUUCUCAAAGACUGGUGCUAUGAAGCUACCUACAGCCAGCUGGCCCACCCGAUCCAACAGGCCAAGGCCAUGGGCCUCCAGUUCCACUCUCACAUCCUGGACAUCGACAAUGUGGACCUGGCCAUGGGCAAGAUAAUGGAGCAGGGCCCCGUGCUGAUCAUCACUUUCCAGGCCCAGUUGGUGAUGGUGAUCAAGAAUCCCAAAGGCGAGGUGGUUGAGGGGGACCCGGACAAGGUGCUGCGCAUGCUCUAUGUGUGGGCGCUCUGCCGGGACCAGGAAGAGCUCAACCCCUAUGCUGCCUGGCGCCUUCUGGAUAUCUCAGCCUCCAGCACGGAGCAGAUCCUCUGAGCGCACUGUGUGGCGGAGCAACACACAGCUAUAGACCUUUGGGGACAGAUGAGACUGUGGGCUCUGCCAGGGCAGCUGCAAAACCAGCUGGAUGACGAAGGGGCAGCAGGCUUCUGAGGAAGCCUAAGGGGAAGACGCUCUCCACCAUGCCACAUGGCUGCUAGUGGCUUGUCACCAGGGCCACACCAGCCACAGUGCCAAGAGACCUCCAACCCAGGGACUCCAGGUGGUGGAUCUCCAUCAGCAACUCCGAGUGGCCACUGGCUACGCCAGCCAGGCCCUUUUAGGUCCAUUUUUUUAUUUUAUCAGUGCUUUUACUUCCUGUACAUAAGCCUGAGAUUUGGAAGUAAUAAAACACCAAAGUGCAGAAGA